CGCGCGCGCGGCUCGGAGCGCGAGGCUGGAAAUCAAAACGACUGAAAAGCGAGCGGAGAGGAGAUAAACGUCCACGGAAACACACGGAUAAAAUAUACAUACAGAGGACAACGCGUUACGAGGAUUGAACAACUCGGAGAACAUUUCUUUUGGGGUUUUUGAAAGAGCACGGCAAACACUUUCGAGUUUCGAGUUUUCGUUCCCGUUGACGGAGCUUUUGACGUUAGCGUGAAGCUGAGGAGAUUCAAACACGAGUGGAAAUAACGGUCAUAACGGUCAUAACGGUCAAGUUUAACCAAGCUGCACAGUGUGCUUUGUUUACUACAUUAUUAUUGUGAACUCGUAUCGUUUCUGACCAAUAGAGAAGUCUUUUUAAGGACACGAAGCCGGACAUUUAUCGAACAACCUGGACACACUUGGAUAAAACCGUUCCUUCUUACGGUUUCUGGUUUUCUGUCCACCCUGGAGCAGAUCCGUCCUCAGUUUUGCAUGAGUUAACACUGUUUGAGGUGCGUUUGCUGGACUGUGUGUUGAGGAAGCAUUCACAUCAGUCUGACAGAUUCGAACCUGAGCUUGUUUUGCACCCACACUAUGAUGAAGAAGAGAAAACUACAAUGAAACCUCUGAUAAGGUUUGGUCAGGCCAAGUCACAUCAGCUUAGACAUCAGAACCGAUCUGGAAUGUCCAAGACGAGCUGGACGCAUCAUGACACAUGAUCAGAAGACGAAGAUUCACCAAGAUUUAGAUCUGGAUUUACUUUGACUUCUCACCCUGUCUUUUGGAAAGAAGGCUUCUGAACACAUUUCACUCCCGGUCCCUGUCCUGUAGACUUCUCCGCUUCCCGAAUCUCGCCUUGUAUUCUGCAUAUAGGACAUUUAUACUAUAAGUGUCCUCCUUUAGUCUCGGGCAGUGGCCCCCGGCCCGGCUGCCAGGUUGAGCUUUUUAAGAUUCUUCCCUUGCCCGGCGCUACUAUGGAGGAGUGGAGGCAGUGUGCCCGAUGGCUUAUCGACUGCAAGGUCUUACCGGCAAAUCACAGAGUCGUUUGGCCCGCAGCCGUCGUCUUCGACUUGGCCCAGGCCCUCCGAGAUGGCGUGCUCUUGUGCCAGAUGCUGCACAAUCUGUCACCCGGCUCUGUGGACCUAAAACAGAUUAACUUCAGGCCUCAGAUGUCACAGUUUCUGUGUCUGAAGAACAUCCGGACGUUCCUCAAGGUGUGCCAUGACAAAUUUGGUCUGCGGAACAGCGAGCUCUUCGAUCCCUUCGACCUGUUUGACGUGAGGGACUUUGGGAAGGUGAUCUCAGCUCUGUCCAGGAUCUCCUACCACAGCAUCGCCCAGAUCAAGGGAAUCAGGCCUUUUCCAUCAGAGGACACAGCGCUGAAUGAAGAUGACGUUUACCGAAGCUUGGAGGAACUGGCCGACGAGCACGACGUGGGCGAGGACGACAUCUACGACUGCGUGCCGUGUGAAGAUGAAGGAGACGACAUCUACGAGGACAUCAUUAAGGUGGAAGUUAGACAACCCAUGAAAAUGGGCAUGACCGAGGAUGACAAGAGGAACUGCUGCUUGAUAGAAAUACAGGAGACUGAGGCGAAGUACUACAAGACACUGGAGGACAUUGAAAAGAGUUACAUGAUCCCAUUGAAGCAGGUUUUAACCCCGCAGGAAAUGGAUGCGAUUUUUGUCAAUCUGGAGGAUAUCAUCAGGGUUCAUUUUGCCCUGCUGAGAGCUAUCGACCUGAACAUGGUGAGCGGAGGAAACAGCCUCGGAAGGAUCUUCCUGGACUUCAAGGAGAGGCUGCUGAUCUACGGACAGUACUGCAGUCACAUGGAGCAUGCUCAGAAGACCCUGGAUGACCUGAUUGCCGUGCGGGAGGACGUGAGGUGCAAAGUGGAGGAGUGCACCAUGAAGGUUCAGGAAGGCAAGUUUAAACUGCAGGAUCUGCUGGUGGUUCCAAUGCAGAGGGUCCUAAAAUACCACUUACUGCUCAAGGAGUUGGUGGGUCAUUCGACAGACCGUCCGGAGAGACAGCAGCUAAAGGAAGCUUUGGAAGCCAUGCAGGACCUGGCCAUGUACAUCAAUGAAGUCAAAAGGGACAACGAGACUUUAAAGAAAAUCAGUGAAUUUCAGAGCUCAAUAGAAAAUCUGCAGGUGAAAUUGGAGGAAUAUGGGAGGCCAAAAAUAGAUGGAGAGCUAAAAGUCUGUUCUAUAGUCAACCGGACCAAACAGGACAGGUAUAUCUUCCUGUUCGAUAAGGUGGUGAUUGUGUGCAAGAGGAAAAACUACAACUACGAGCUGAAAGAGAUCAUCGAGCUACAGUCUUACAAGAUGUCAGACGACCCCACAAAUAACAGAGACAUGAAAAAGGCCAGUGGAAAAAUGUGGUCCUACGGCUUCUACCUGAUUCAUCUGAAAGGCAAGCAGGGCUUUCAGUUCUUUUGUAAGACAGAGGACACGAAACGAAAGUGGAUGGAGCAGUUCGAGAUGGCCAUGUCAAACAUCAAGCCAGAGAGAGCCACAGCCAAUCAGCAUGAUUUUCAGAUGCACACAUUUGAGAAGAACACCAACUGCAGAGCCUGUAAGAUGCUCCUGAGGGGGAUCUUCUAUCAGGGUUACUACUGUUCACGCUGUGGGACUGGUGCCCAUAAAGAGUGCCUGGAGGUCAUCACCAUCUGUAAAAUAAGUCCUCAUGAUUCGGAACCUGGACUUCCACAGUCAGGUCCAAAGAUGGUGGCUAUCAGGAACUACCAUGGCACUCCAGCACCACCAGGCAAAACCCCUCUGUCCUUCCAGACAGGUGAUGUCAUUGAGCUUCUCAAAGGAGACCCAGAUACGUCGUGGUGGGAGGGAAAGCUCAUUCAGACGCUGAAAAUCGGCUACUUCCCCAGCUCCAGUGUAAAGCCAUGUCUAGACCCCAAGCCUUCUCAGUGUUUUUCUAGCCGUCAGAUCUCCAGAGAGCCGGAUUACAAUGUCUACCCCUGGUUUGCAGGGAACAUGGAGAGGCAGCAGGCUGAUAAUCUGCUCAAAUCUCACAGUAGCGGCACGUACCUAAUCAGAGAGCGAACUGCAGAAGCAGAACGUUUUGCCAUCAGCAUAAAGUUUAAUGAUGAAGUAAAGCACAUAAAAGUCAUAGAAAAAGACAACUGGAUUCACAUCACAGAGGCAAAGAAGUUCGAAAGCCUCCUGGAGUUGGUGGAGUAUUAUCAGUCCCACUCACUCAAGGAGAGCUUUAAACUUCUGGACACAACGCUACGAUAUUCAUACAAGUCCAGAGAGCGAGCGAACUCCCGCGCGAGCACUCGCUCCCCAGCAGCCUCCAGUGCUUCCUACAACUUCUCCUUCCUCAGUCCUCAAGGCCUCAACUUUUCCUCUCAGAGCUCUGCUCCCUUCUGGUCAGUUUUCACCCCGCGGGUGGUCAGCACAGCAGUGGCCAGAUAUAACUUUGCUGCUCGAGACAUGAGGGAGCUCUCUUUGAGAGAGGGCGAUAUCGUCAAGAUCUACAGCAAAAUCGGAGGAGACCAGGGCUGGUGGAAAGGAGAGGCUAACGGCAGGAUCGGCUGGUUCCCUUCGACGUACGUUGACGAGGAAGGUGUGCAGUGAAGCUUGGGUUUUAUCUUCUCUCUCUUAUCAGAUCCUUCUACUGCCCUUCACCCCGGGCGAAGAUUUGUUUGGUUUCUGUGGAAACACCUUGUGGAAUAUAUUUAUUUGCUGAAAGCUGAUUCUUCAGUGAAUAUUUGUACGACCGUCAAGUACAAAUCUUUGUUUGUAUUAUUAUUCUUAUUUGGAACAUGUUUGUGUGAUCCCUGUGAUGAUAACUGGACCGCUGCUGAUGUUGCAGUUUGUAAAGAUAUAAAGAUCUAUAAAGAUUUGUAUGGCCAAUGGAAGAAGGUGAGGUGCGCGGGCGGGUGUAUAGAUAAUUUAUUCCAGAGAAGUAUCUAUGAUAAAAAAUAUGUUUAAAUUUAUUGUUAAGAAUGAUUAAGGAAAAGAUGCACUUUGCAUUUUCUUUACAGAGAGAACUUGCCUUAGUUGUCAUUGCCUAUGUUAAAGCCUUGUGGGCUGACUGGAGUGGUGGUGGAGAUGUGCUAAUCGUUUCUGUACAUACAUGCAAACAAAACACAACGUUCUUCAGUGAAGGUGCCUUUCAAGUGCAGUCCCUGCUUUUAAUCACUUCUAUAGGUGCUCACUGACCCUGGGAUAUAUUAAAAAAGCAGCCGGCUCCUUGCCAGGAGGUGCCAGGGAUGUCAGUAUGUGGCUGUAAUCAGAAAAAAAUCAACCUCAAACUGGAUGGAGGAUUGCCACCUGGUGCACUGGAAAUAAUAAUGACAUUGGCACAGUGAUCACUUAGUUCACUUAGUUUAAUACCAUCAAAAACAGUAUGUUGUUGUAUGUGGACCUGAGUUACAGGCAGAACUGGCACCAGAACUGUAUGGAAAACGCAAGAUUCAACAAACCUAAAUGAUAUUCCUUCAUGUAUUGAUUACAUAACAUUUUACAAUGCCAAACACAUUUCGAUCAGGUUUCUAAUCACGUCUAACACCCCCUUAUUGUAUCAGUAUCUUGCCUUGUUUGAUUUGUUGACUGAUGGUGCUGCACUGGUCUAUUUUAAUCUGUGGGAUUCUAUGAACUGAGAGCCCUGCUUUAUCUGAACCUUAGCCAUCAAGUGCACUUUAUUCUGUGGGACAUCACUAACCCGAAAAGAUGCAUGAAAAAAGCCAAGUUCUCACAUCAGGAGAUCAUGUGACGUUUAUAUGGACCUAACAGAAUCUAAGCCAUGUCUCCUGAGCUCCUCGACCUCAAGCAUCUACUGGAGUCUUGUCAUUUCUUACUCUUCGCCAGGGGCGUCCCGAAGCCUGCCAGUACUAAAUAAUAUCCGUCACCUCCUCCAAAGCUGCACUGAUAUUCACUCAUCUCACCUACUGAAACAUUCCAUGUGUUGCUGUGUUCCAUUAACCAAGUCUGACACUAUCAGAGAAGCUGAGAAAUUAAUGGACAACAAUUAAUGUCUCAUGAACAUUAACUGGGGAGCCUCAGGCCGUAGCAGAGGAGAGGAAAAUGUUCGUUCAUUUCUGUGGACAGAAAGCCAUUGCAUGUGCUUAUCAUAGAUAUUACAGCUCCUGUCAGUGAUCCAGAGAAAAUGAAAUUGUGUCAUUUUUUUUGAAUUGUUGAUUAUUUCCAAACUGAGAUCUAUCAUGAAAUAAAUAUUUCUUCUUUUGUUUA